GAGAGGGAUGGAGGGACGAAGGAGGGGGAAUAGCUGCAGGCAUUACUGAAUUACAGAAUCCACAGAGAGAGACACACACACACCGUUACAGAGAGAGAGAUAGAAGCGAUCUCAAAACAGCAUCACUCUCUACUAGACAGUGAACAGAAUAGAGAAGAGAACAGAAUAGCGUGAUCGCACAAGCAUUAGACAGAAAGACAAAGAUGAGGUUGAUUAGACAGCAGUGAAAUUACCUGAGGGCAAAAUAGAAGAGGGGGUAGACGGAGAGAGGAAAAGAAGAGUGUGGCUUUUAAUCCUCUUGGCAUGCGAGUGUAUUCCUGGCUGUUUGGCACUGAGUGUGUGAGUGGUCACCCUGUGUGUGAGUGUGUGCUGCAGAGUUUGUCGGUGGUGUUGGGACGCUUUGGACUGGAAUGUAUCUGAGUUAACCGCUGGGGGCUUUCAGGAAGACACCAUGCUGGGCAAGGAUUACAUGCUCGCCAUCAUCAUCGUCAACUAUGACGAUAACACCUGGAAUGAUCAGAGUCUGGAGCUGGACUCCGAUCUGCCUCCAGGAUGGCGCACUAUACGUGACAGCACUGGCACCUAUUACUGGCACGUGCCCACAGGCACAACACAGUGGCAGCACCCCUCCUACAGCGCAGAGGAGGAACAAAACGCCAUUAACGGCAUCACUGCCAGCCAGAUCAAGACUGCAGCAGAUGGCAGGCGGGAAUCAAGAGGCAGACUGAGUGAAAACCCUCUGCCGUCUCUGAGCGAAAGGCCCUCCUGGCAGGAAGAGUAUUUCUGUGCCAACGUGGAUCCAGACUCCAAGUGUUUUGCUGUGCGCUCACUGGGCUGGGUUGAGAUCCCUGAGGAGGAACUGACCCCUGGCAAAAGUAGUCUGGCGGUGAACAACUGCAUCCAGCAGCUCUCUCACAGCAAAGCAGAGGGCCAGGACGCAGUGGGCGCCUGGGGAGAGGGUCAGGAUAUGAUGAUGGUCCUCAAGAAGGACACUCUCAGUCUAAUGGACCCUGUGGACCGCAGCCUCAUCCAUUGUCAGCCCAUAAUCAACAUCCGUGUAUGGGGGGUGGGCUGCAACAAUGGCAGAGACAGGGACUUUGCCUUUGUGGCCAGUGAUAAAGACACCUGCAUGCUCAAGUGCCAUGUGUUUCGCUGCAACGCUUCAGCCAAGACAAUUGCAUCUGCCCUGCAUGAGAUGUGCUCCAAGAUCAUGGCAGAGAAGGCAGCACUGCAGCCUUUGACUCGUUCUCUCACCAUGGAGAGUAUCUCCCCAGAGGACUUGCCCCGCCAGGUUGACUUCCUGGAAACAGUGAGGCAAAGGGUGCAGAAGUUUGAGGUGGAGUACAUUGGAAACCUGCCUGUAUCCAGAGCAAUGGGAAUGGAAGUGUUGAACAGAGCUAUUGAGAGCAUCAUGCACUCCAGAGACAGAGAUGAGUGGGAGCCGAUAGUCAUCCAUGUGUCUGAUACAGUUCUGUCUUUAUGGAGAGGAGAGGAUGGAGAUGACCCAUUUUGGGAAUGCCAAGUACGUUACUUGACUUUCCUAGGUGUGGGUCAUGACACACACACUUUUGCAGUCAUAGUGGAUGCAGGAACCCAGCGCUUUGAGUGCCAUGUGUUUUGGUGUGAGCCCGAUGCUGGGAUCAUCUCUGAGGCAGUUCAGGCUGCAUGCAUGGUCCAAUACCAAAAGUGUUUGGUUGCACAAACUCCUCCUGUGAGGUCCAAAAUGUGGCGGGCAGGCUCCAAAGUCAAACGAGCCAACUCCAUGGAUAGCUCUAGCUUCCCGCCUCGACACCAAGGACACACACCUUCCAAAAUGGCUUCUCCCAGCGUGAAGAAGGGCAUGCUGGCAUUUUUUGAGACAUUCCGGAAUAAACAUUCUGCAGUAUCCACACCCUAACAACAGCAACUCGGGGAGGAGGAUGGGGCCUGAUGGGCUUUGAGGAGGGGGAUAUGAGGAGAUGGAGAAAUGAAAGGAAUGAAUAAACAUGAAGCCUGAAAUGCUAAGAAAUAUGAGUAUCCUUUGCCUUUGGCAUUUAAAAAAAACAAAACAACUUAAUUUCCCCAGUAUGACCUCACAAAAAAAAAAAAUCCACCUAAUUGUCCUUAAUAAGAGUGUUUUUGAUGAUUGACAUAUCUGAAUGUAGGUGUGCAGAACAGCGUUUAAAUGACAUUGAGGUGCUGUGCUCUCACAUUCCAAAAACGGACAGAACUCCAAACGCUCUGUAUAAUUUAAAUGCUGUUAUAAAACAGUUACUGUCCUCAAAUGUGAUUGGUAAAAGGCUCAUUUACACGGCACAGACAGACAGGGAUUGUCGCAUUGGUCGACGUCUGUCAGUGCAGUGUGAAUUAGAGUACAAAUUCUCUGGGACUUUGUAUCACUUCACUUGUCUAUUUGUUCCAGACAGACGGUCAGUCUAUAUAUUAGAUUUGUCUUUGACUCUUUCUGCAGGUUACACUGUUAUGGCAAUAGGUGGUGACAAGUGAAGAGUGUUUAUGAAUCUAGUGGACCUUUAUCAAGUAAACUUCUGCUGACCGCGUUACAGUCCGGCUCGUGGACACUCAUAUGAUGUAAGUUUCAUCUUCAGCACUGUCCGCUGGUGUUUGUUCACAACAUUCAGGUGCUACCCAAUGAUUGGCUCUGUACAGACUUGUGCACAGACAUCACCACAUGUGCAAGUGAUUUGAGCGCUUGAAACAAAUGUCCGAACACAUCCUUCGUGAUACUUUGAAAGGCUUGCACACUCAUCUGUGCAUGAGAUGGAGCAGAACAUGGAAAAUGUAUACCUGGGCUUUUACUUUUACCUUUACUUUUCAAGCUCUCAAAUGUCUUGCACAUGGGCUAUUGUUGUCACAUAACUUCAUGGCGAAAAAAAAACCUGUAUGUGAACAUCGGCAGACUGUGUUAAUGACGAAAAUGAUGUAACGCUGACUCUCCAUGAACUGGAGCAGAAUGUGGAAAAGUAUACUUUUUGCUUAAGUCGUUGAAUUAUUGACGCAACUGUGUGUUGCUCAGAGACACAACGGUUGAUUCUGCUUUCAACUUUUGUCAUUGGCUAAGCAAUUACAACCUCAGAAAUAGAAAUGAAUCAUAUCAACAUCUAAACUUUCUACGGCCAACAGUAUGUCGUGCAAUAAGAUGUAUAUCGCAGUUGAACCGAAAUAUUUUGAUUACAAGUAUUGAUGUACAGUCAGUGACCUAAUUCUUGUAUGACUAGUAGAAGGUAGAGAUUUUCUGUGUAGGUCACAUUUAUGUUCAGAAAGUAAAUUUAGCUUCAAACCUAUUAGGAGUGUCCAUAUAUAUUAACAGUAAACCGUUUGUGAAAAAGGAUGCUGUUUGCUGUUCUAAAAUCAAAUGAAGCUCAGAAUAUUCAAGGUCGUUACUCCAUCUUGAGCAAACAGAGAGAGUUUUCACACACAACAAACAGACCUCAAUAACAUAGUGCUAUCAGUGCAAGAGUCGUGCUUUAGAUAGACCCUGCUUGUGUCACUAUCAUUCUUUCUAUUGUGAGCUCAGAAAUGCAGAUGAGGAGAUAUCAGUGACCCCAAACAGAAACAUUGCUUGUUAUAAUCCUUCCGCUUUGUGGAGUCCUCAAUUUAGUGCCACCGUUGCAUGAUUUUGCACACGCUUGGAAAUUCGAGGCUUUGCUUGGGUACUUGAGAACACAAGCAGAGUGUGUUGAAGCUUUGAAAACUAGCAAAGUAGGUACUUGGAUAAUUCAGAAAAAAAUCAUUUUAAAAACACAGUAAAGGUGCAGUCACAUUUGAUCUGUGCAAAUUUUCAAAGCAAAAUCCAGUCAUCUCAAUAGGAAUCCUAACAACUGGGAAUUUUGUGUAAGGGUUAAAGUGUUUGUCACGUGGAUUCACUGCAUUUACUAAUAGAAAGCUACUUGGUUUGAGAGUGACUUUUGUGUGAGCUUUAUAUAUUGCUACACUUUUGAAAAUAGACAAUGGUCCUUUUUUUGCCUGUGAAAUUUUGCUUAUGUGACUAUUACCUUAAAAACAUACAAAACAUGUGAUUUACUCCCAAAGGCAGUGCGAAUCUUGAUGAUGAAGAACCCACAGGAAAAACUGUGGUUUCACUGCAAGAAACCCUUGAGCCAAUAUAUUCGCAUUAAUUUGAAUGUAAUAAGCUCUUUCAAAGCACUCAACCGCAGUGCAUGUUGAUCUGAGAUGCCCACAGGCACUUAAGCACCCACACGAAUGCCACUGAAGGAAGUUAUGUGAUGCUAUAUCUAAUAUAUGCAACUGCUCCUUCCCUU